GCAGAAAACCACAAGUGUUUCGCUUUUUGUACAAGGCUCUCUUUCUAGGUGGCUGAAGGGUCCUCUGGGGGUGAUGACGCACCCUCAAGGAACACCGCAGGAGCAGAGGGAUAUCGAGGUGCGGCAAUUUUCCAGCAUCAACGGGGGCAGCUAUGGCGACCAUACACGGAUCCAUCAAGGGCCAGUGAAUUUCAACAUUAGUGGAAAUGAGGCAGCUGACGUCGUGCGCACACAUUUAUACCAUCAAUAUGGGUAUAACAGAGGUUACAUGACCUCAGCAGAAACAAACAAAAGACCAAGCGACCACAAGUGGCUUCAAGAUCUCUACGACAUGACUGCGAGGGAGUCGCAACGUUCUGAAGUGGCACUUGCUCAAUGCCGCAUCGAAAAUCAUGACCAAGACGAGGUCUUGGAUGGCUUCGUCUACAACAGCGUCAUGCAGUCCUGGGUGUCGUCUCGCGGAUCGGUGCUCUGCUGCUGGUUGGGCCUCGCCAGACGCGCCGACCACACCCACGUGGCGAAGUGCAUUCUUCGCAAGGUACUGAGUGCCAACACUGAAGACAUGAACCAUGUCUUCCUAUAUAACCAUGACGAAGGCACCGCAAUUCAACUCCCGGAGCCCUAUCUCGCCGCUAAGGCUGAGGUCCUGAAGACGAAAAGAGACCAGCGUCGGGCUGCAGUUGAAGAAAAGCCCGACACUAAGGAAAUUGUUCUUCUAUCAUUUGCAAUGCAGGCCAAAGCCAAAGGAUUCGCCGUUCCUCUUGAAGAAAUCGAUUUCAGUGGACCAACUAAGCUCAUCGACUCCCUGAUAUCGUUGCUCGUGGAGGCUCUCCAUGCAGUGCCUGGACACGUAUUUCUCAUCUUCGAAUGGCCUGGAAAUACAGAAUCGGCGGUUGCAGUAUUCGAAGCACUUGAUGCUGUCAAUGGGCUGUUGUCAAGAUCAAGAAACAGGAAUCUCUCGCACAAUUGCUCGGUGAUCAUGUCCGUUCGAGAGACGCCGAAUUUGUUGAGCCUCCUGAAGGGCCAUGCUUCUGUCCGAGCAGACUCAGAAUACCAAGAGUGCUUGGAUUCUCUUCAGUUGAGGGGAGGAAGUCUCCGCCGAGACGAAAUUGCGCCACCUGUAUUGUCAUCCAAUAUAUGGAUCUGGGAUCACCCCAGCCUCCGAAAGCUGAUGACUUCCCACUCUGGAGCGCUGGCAAUUAUCGGUAAGGCCGGUUGUGGGAAGUCGGUUCUGGCCAAGACAAUUCAGGUGGGCGUUUCCAAUCAUUCGAGUCGAUUUUCACAAAAUCGUGAUCUCUUAGUCAGCGACUGGUUCUACUGUCGGAGAAGAGGUGACGUUUUUACGGCUUAUUCGUCGCUCCUUCGGAACGUACUCUCCCAGUUGCUGCUCAAAAGGAAGCCACUUUUCCACUACUAUAAAUUGAUUCACCGGCGCAAACUGUCAACUCGCUCGCCGGACUGGGAGAACAAAGAGCUCGAACAGAUUAUAGAGAACAUAAAUACGUCAGGUCUCAGCAUACUGAUGAUAUUUGAUGCAAUCGACGAAGCCGAAGAUGAUAGGAUAGUGUGGUUUAUUCAAACUUUGGUCUCCAGACCGGGGUCCUCGAUCAAGGCCAUAUUACUGAGUCGUCCAACGGACGCCUUCGACAGAUCCUUCUGGGAAGAACGCAAAGUUACUUUGCAGGACGAGAACAACCAAGACAUAUACCUGGUGGUGCAACAUGGCCUGUCAAAACUCGGCGCAAUCAUGACUGGCCAGUACCGAGAUGCAGAGAGCGAGAUGAAAACCCACGACCAUAUCACUGGGGGCGUGAUAAAAUUCAAGACGCAUGCGGCACUGAAACAGAAGCCAUGCCCAAGUGUUCGACCAGCGCCGGCAUCUUUUACAAGCCACCAACUAGGGAGUUCUCUUGAUCUUGAUAUCCUGGGCAACAACAUUCGAGAGAGGGCAGCGGGGGUCAUUCUGUGGGUGGUGCUCGUCUUCGAUUCGAUCUUCAAGCUCGUGAAGAAGCAACCAGUUGCCACGCUCGAGCACCUCAUGUCGUGCGUCGCAGAACUGCCUCGGGAUAUCGACGCCUUAUACGGCCAGAUGGUCAAAGACCUGACCGAAACCAUGUCCGGUCCCGCACUAGGUACAGCUCGCCAGGCCCUGAUGUGGAUCAACACGGCCAGUGAAUUCAGGGCGUUCACCAUGGAGGAAUUGUGGGACGCCUUGGCUGCUUCUUCCCAAGAGUUGAAUGAUGCAGGCAGCCAGCCACCCACACGAACUCUGAUCGACGGGCGGAUCGAGAUUCAGUCCUGGGAAGACUUCAACCGUAUCCUUCGACGGCUCUGCGGCUCCUUGAUCGAAAUUCGUCCGCCCAAGUCAGCCAAACCGACAGAAAACGCGGGCCAGGACUCGCGGGCGAUAUCGGGGAAGUGUGUCGUACAGCUCAUGCAUCAGACAGUUAAGGACUUCCUGACAUGCUCUCCUGCAGCAGGUAUCUUUUCCUUCACCGAGGCCGUCGCACAGGGUGAGGCUCUUCGUGGCUGCCAGAAUUUUAUCAGAUGCGCGCUCCCACUCGAUAUCGAUUCGAUCAUCUUGCUCCCGAAAGACCGAGCGCAAGAUUGGUUUUUUUUCUCUGCCAACAUGGCACGGUAUAUCGAAGAGCUUCGUCUGUUCCCACUGUGUCUGCAGCUGUUCAAUGCCUUUCCCGAGGAGAUGGGGGUUUUGCAGACGCAGCUGGACAUGAAGUGGUACGGGCUGCUACCUCGCUGGCUCCAUGAAACUCGCCAUCAUGAUCUCGUCCAAGGAUGGAAAUAUGACCCUGCAGAGCUCACAUUGACAGCAUCCGCAUUGGGUGUUAUGUUCCAACUCAUCUCACGCCGAGGCCUGAAGGAUGCAGCUCGGAACCUCCUGAGCAUCCUCGAAAUGGGCAGCACCGCUGAGUUCUGGGCAAGGUAUCGCGGCGUGAUCCUCAACGCUCUUGCCUUCACCGUUUUCGACCUCGAAAGCAACCGCGCCAGCAGGGCACUGCGGUCCAAGCUGCUCAGACCAGGGGGUAUCCGGCGAGAAAGUGCAAACCUGGCGUUGGACAACCGCUAUUACGAGACCACAAUUUGUGCCGCUCUCAUGAACGACCAGGAGAGAGCCACGAGGGUGCCAGUCGAAGAUGCUGUCGGAACAAUCGAAUUGAUCCUGGACUACAAGGCCGGGAAGCUCUGGGGCCUGGAUGCCUACGAGAAUCCUUUUUCGCCUCCCGAUCGUUUCCCCCAACCGCAAGUCGAUAUGGGGAUACCCUAAGUACCGGGGUCUUAUCAGAGUUAUGGGGUGUAAGGGCUAGGGUAGGCAUCGCUAUCUGUCAUAAUCAUAUUCCAGGUGGCCGAGAUCCUGGGUAGGACUGCGUUUGACACGAAGCACCCGCAGAGUAGAGGAAUCAGGUACCAAAUAACGAGUCAAUGGCAUUAUUAAACCA